AUGAGUUGGGUGGAUGAGGUUAAAGGUGACCUCGAACUCAGAAAGAAGGGCAAUGUCUCAACAGAGUUGGGGCCCUUUAAGAAACGGUCCAUCUACAAAGUACCAACCUUCAUUGCAGAUCUAAACAAGAAAGUCUACAGUCCUCAUGCAGUCUCAUUCGGCCCUUACCAUCACGGCGAGCCUCCUUUGAAACCAGUGGAGUCUCACAAGAAGCGUUCUCUCCUUCAUUUUCUUGAGAAUAGAGCAAAAGUUCCUCUUGAAACCAUCUUCGAUUCCUUCACCAAAGUGGAAAAAGAGUUGAAAGAUUCAUAUGAUUCACUUGAUCCUAAGUGGCAAAGUGACCAAGAAGGGUUCUUGAAGCUGAUGAUUGUUGAUGGCUGUUUCAUGCUGGAAAUUUUCCGGGCAGCCAUUCAAACUCCGGCCGAUUACGACGCUGAGGAUCCGAUUUUCGGCAAUCACGGGAAGCUCCAUAUCAUGCCGUUUAUCAAGCGGGACAUGUUGAUGCUUGAAAAUCAACUUCCCAUGCUUGUUCUUCACAAUCUUCUGGCUAUUAGUAAGAAAGAUGACAAGCCCGUGCAGAAGCUUAUCCUCAAUUUUUGUGAUCCUGCACGUCAAAAUCUUCCAGCGAUGGGAAAUUGCUUGCACGUACUUGAUAUGUAUCGGAAAAGCUUGUUCACGAAAGACUCCCACCACGACUCAGCCUUCGUCUCCAUCUCCAUGACCGGAACCGUUACCCCAACCGGCACUUGCACUGGCACUGGAACCGUCACCGGAACCGGCACUGGCACUAGUAGCGGUGCCAGCAGACAAGAUAGAAGCACAGGGCCGAGGAAAGGCGCGCGCGACGCUGCAAUUCCGAUCACCCGAUCCGCAACAGAGCUGGACGAAGCUGGUGUCCUAUUCAAGCGGAACAAACAAAGCCAGAGUAUCACAGACAUCUCAUUCGAAGGAGGAUUGACAGGAGUCGGCAACGUCAUACAUUUGGCCAGAAGGAUCAUUCGGAAUUUCAUCGGAAGUGACAAAGCUGCGGCGAAUUUGUUCAACACGAUCUCAAAGGACGUGACGAUAGAUCCGACGAGUAGGCUGGGGUCGGUGCAUUCGGAUGUGAGCCAGUACUGCGAGAAGCAGUUGAACAGGUGGCGAGCCAACCUGAUACAUACCUACUUCACGAAUCCGAGGACUGCUAUCUCCGUCGUCGCCGCCGGUGUUCUUUUCGGGCUCACCAUAGCUCAGACUGUGUACAGCAUUUUGCAAUACUACUAG